GCAAACAUUGCGCUUGCUCGCCAGAGUUAACAUAAGAAUUUUUGAGUAAGCAACGAGGAAUACUUCCCUUGAAAGCCCUUAAAGGUGCAGUUAUUUCUACAGCCAUCCACAACAGGCUGAUGGCGGACGGUGUGGGAAUUGAUUUGGGCACCACGCACUGUUGUCUGUAUGUCUACAAAUAUGGACGCAGUGCGCAGGUGGUAAAAAACAAAGCGGGUGAUAACACCACGCCCAGCUGGGUCCGCUAUGAGAAUGACGGCGAAAAUGUGGGAAAAUUUGCCAAAAAGCAAAGCCCAGAGAAUCCACAGAACACCGUUCGUAAUGCCAAGCGACUGAUUGGGCGCAACUUCCAGGAUACAGCUGUUGAGAGUGAGCGUCGUCUUAUGCCGUUUAAAAUAAUUAACGAUAGCGGAACAACGGCUAUACAGGUGGAACAGGUGAACGCAUCGGGCGACCUUGUAUGGGAAAAAAUAUUAUGCAUCCGGAGGAUGUGAGUGCUACGAUUCUACGCUCUCUGAAGGGCCUAGCAGAAGACUUCUUAGGCAGCGAAGUCAAUGGCGUUGUGGUAACCAUUCCCGCCAACUUCAUGGAAACGCAGCGACAGGCCACACUCAACGCGGCCCGACAAGCCGGU